AGUAAUCACGGCACUGUGAACUGAGUGACAAUUAAAGUCCCACAGGUUGGCAUUCCCCGUUUUGAGCUCAGCAUGGACCCGAUUGAUCAGACGUUUCCACUUCUCUCAGAUUACGACGCCAUGCCUGACUUGCCAAGCCUUCAAGUUGACGCUGACGACGCAACAAACCCUCCAGACUGGGGCUCUGUCUUUCCCGGCCUCCUCUUGGAACAGUUCACAGCAACAGAUAUGGACCGCGCCACUUUGUGGAAUGCGUCGCCUGGAGAGAGAGCUCUCGACCAUCUCGCUCAAGCACUAGAAAGUCCGUUAUCUGAUGUCUCGAAAGCCGCUGAGGACUCUAACAGCGAGAGCCUACCACAAGUCAUUGCAAGCACGCUUACACCGGAGCAAGAUACCACCGAAGCCUCGUCAAGUUCCAAGAAGCGCCCUCGAGUAACUUGGAAGCACCAGAUUGACGCAUUACGUGAGGAAGUGGCGGCGCAUACAGCUCAACUCAACUCUCUGCGGGCCCAGUGGAACCCACUGGAGUUCUCAGCCGGCCCUGACGGAUUUCUCAUCCCGAAACGCAAACCUCUCUGGCAACAGAUCGCUCUCCGACAACUAGAACGUCGUCGCAAAGCAGAAGAAGAAAACAAACAGCUCCGACGAAUUCUAUGCGACCAGAUUCAAGAAGCCAGGAGCUUGCGACGUCUUAUGAAGCGCCGGUCAAAAAUUAAGCUGAUGGAGGACAUGUUUGGACACAAGCGCGCACCCAGCCGACUCAUCCCGACGCAUGCAACGCUAUCGUUUGGCAGCUUGAUCAAUAACAUCGAUCAAGCCUAUGGUUCAUUCGAGACGGUGUUUGCCGAGAAAGGAAUCCCGUUCCUCCCGUGUCCUGGCAAAAAGCGUAUAGGCAGACGCCAUCUAACCGAUGGUGUCUUCCUGGAAUUGGCAGAAAGGAAGGUUGUGCCAUUUUCUCGCGAGCAGACCGAGAAAGCUAUUUCGUCAUCUCUCCGAAGAAUUGGUACGCAGAAGAUAGAUGUCAACCAGGUUAUUGAAGGACAACUCCAGUUCAUUCAACACCACGUCGGCGAGAAUGACGAUACCGUUACCCAGAGCUUUUUCGUGUCGACACCCCAACUGAGCCGCCUCCUUGGGGCAAGUGUACGAAUGGCGACGCGAAAAUACGUUGAGAAGGACCGCACAGUCUUUGUCUGCAGCAUCUACCUGGAUCCAAAACUUGGGGAUGGGAAAACGACAGGAUUUCACACACGCGCAACCUUAAUUAUCGUCGUUCGCCAACGCAUGUCCCAGUUUGCGGUCGACGGAGAUAUGUCAACUUUCGACUGCUUCUUCAGUGCUACGCGUGAUGACCGUGGAUUACCGCAAGCUCGUGCUAUUCGGUCGCCUAUGAGCUUAAGUGUAGGCAUGGAUACAUGGGAGAGUGUGAUCUCUUCUCUGCCGGGUCAGAUUGAGAGUUCCUUAGUCGAUAGUUUGAAAUCGAACUGAGUUACAUAUCCUAUAAUAGAACACUGUCUUCAGUUUAAUUUCUACAGUAAAAAGUAGCUGGAAAGC